AUGCCGGCUACUAAGCUCGCAAUCACCUUUCUCGUCGCUGUCCUGGUGCGACUUUCUACGGUCGCCGCUACUGACGCCAGGAGCUCUCUCACAUCUGCUACUAACGGAGGAAUUCUCACCGUAACGGUUGGAGGCAUCGCAGUAGUAGUGGCCGUUCUGGUCGCUGUUAAAACGUGGAAGACCGGAAGACCCAAGAACGUCGAGCUGCACGAAGUGAUCAUCUCGCCCAAUCGACCGGCGGGGGAGCGGUCGUGUAUGAAGAAGCAUUUCGUCUACACGGCGCACAUCUGA